AACUCUUGACAAGACAUCCAAAUUUAAAUGAAUAUAUUCACUUUUAAAUGACACUGUGCUAAAAUUCCUUUUCAGGAUACAACGAUUGGAGGGAAUUCUGUGGAUUGCAGCGCAUUAAGACAUUGGAUGAUUUGUCACUGGCCGUGGGAGACUCCAGGGUUGCUAAGAGAAUACUUGACAUAUACAAACAUCCCGACAACAUCGAUGUAUAUCCAGGAGGACUUGUUGAAAGGCUUUUGCCUGGCUCAAGAACUGGUCCUCUCUUUGCUUGCCUGAUUGGAAGGCAGAUGAAAGUGCUCCGUGAUGGUGACAGGUUUUGGUGGGAAGCUGAUGGUGUGUUCACCCAGCAACAGAAGGAGGAACUUUUAAAAUUUUCUCUAUCCCAUCUGAUCUGUGAUAAUAGCGACAUAGGAGAAGUUCCUCUUGAUCCUUUCAGAUUGGGGAAGUAUCCAUCUCAUUAUGUCUCCUGUGAUCAGAUACCCUCAAUGAAUUUGGAAGCUUGGAAAGACGAAAUGGGCGAAGACUUAAAACGGUGUGGCCUUCCUAAACAGAUCAACAAUGGAGAUUAUAUCUUGUCCUCUACAUCUCGAAAACUGGUUGCUCUAUACUCUUGUUACCAUGGUUUCACAUUAAAGGGUGCCGCUGUCAUAGUUUGCAUGGGCAAUCGAUGGUGUAAUCAACCUCCACAAUGUAACAGGUAUGUAAACUAUUUAUGAACUAUCUACUUGAUGUUUACCUGCAGUACUUUAU